AUCGAACACUGCGUUGGUACUUUUGUUUUGAAAAGCAUGUAACCGGAAACACUUCUAAUAUUAAACGCUAACUAUGGAGCAGCUUGCAGAAAGAGCGUGGAGGCCACCUCGAGCCUGUGAAGAUUACUUGAGUGAGUUCAGGCACUGCAAAAGUUUCAGGAAUCGUUUCCACCAUUACUACACCUACGGCACCGCCCCGUCCUGCCAGCAGUGGAAAGCAGACUACCACAACUGCAGUGAAUGGGAACAUCACAAACUCACAGAAGCCAAGGACGCAUUACAGAAAAGUGAAAGGAGACGAUUGGAAGAGCAGAAAAACUUCACCCCAGUGUGGAAACUGAGGCAGGCGCCUCCUGGUGACUGGCACAGGCCUCUGGACCAGGAAACCCAGCAAGACUCCUGAUCUGAAGAGCCGUCUGCCGCUGCUCUAUGAAUCAGUUCAAUAUGAUGUAGUUCACUUCAUGGACAAGCCACUGACACCUGCUGUUUCUAAACUGAUUCAUAGACUGUUAAAGAAUUCAUCUCUGGACUCAAAGGAGGAACUAAAUGAAAUGUAACUUCAUGUAGUACAGAUAAUGUAAGAACAUAUUUAAAUUGCAAGAGCUGUGUUGUGCUUUGUUUAUUUAAGAGUAAACUUUAAAACUUUUAAUUAAAACGUACAAAAUGAAAUCAGUUUAGUGUUCAAUGCUUCUAUAAUGUAAGUUUUGUUAUCAAUGUUAAGCUACUGUUAAUUUUGUUUCCCGCUUUAUUUUAGGAAGGAGUCCAAGAAAAUUU